UGGCUGUUAUGCUGCUGUUACGGGACUCUUGUGUUAUGUGAGCAGCUGGUAGAGCUCAUGGGGGGUCACCUUGCGGUGAUGAGCAAGGUAGGAGAGGGAUCCGUGUUCUCCUUCUCCAUUAAGUGCAAGCGUGCGGACGUCUCCCGGGCAUCGGACGCAGCGUUGCCGGCAUCGCCAUCGCCCGGUCGACCGGGCGAGGCCGCCCUGGGACCGGCGUCAGCAGACGGGUCGCCGUUGUCUUCGCAGACCCCCGUGUCGACAGCAGCUGAUGAGCAGCCAUUAGAUCGGGGAGGGAAAGACAGUAGCAGCAGCAGCAGCAGCAGCUGCAAACUUCAAUGCGGUCCCCCAUCUACGACGACGGAGGCAUCGGUGCCAACCUCUGGCCCCUGUGGGAGAAGGGAGCAAGUUUCCGCAGACGAGCUUGCGGGAGAUACGGCCCGGUGCACAUCGUCUGCAGCGGCGCAGUUGGGUGGAGCCGAGGGUGCUGAGAUCGGCGGCGAUACCCGGCAGCGAUCCGCGGAGACCAGCGACUGUCGGCCCAAAAUUUUGCUCGCUGAAGAUAACAAGGUUAAUGUCAUGGUGGCAAUGCUGAUGUUGAAGAGGCUGGGAUUCACCGCAAAGGUUGUCAAUAAUGGCCUGGAAGCCCUCGAAGCUAUUCGGCAAGAGCCGUAUGAUCUGCUUCUGCUUGACAUCAGCAUGCCCUUGAUGGAUGGCCUGCAAGUUGCCUAUCUGGUUCGGCGGUACGAAGAGACCGGGGUCUGGAGUCAUGAGAUUGCUGUCCCGGUGGCGAGCGGCAGCGCGGUGGAGGACUCGAGCGGUGCUGUGGCCGCAGAAGAGGAAGGGAAGGUGCCUAGCGAACGCGAACGGACACCGGGUUCGAGAGUUGAAGCGGGGAGCGCACCGCAGCAGGAGGAGGAGGAGGAUUCGAAUCGCCGCGCACACACCCGGCGGUUGCCGAUCGUCGCCGUCACUGCCAACGCUCUCACUGCCGAUGUCGAGAAAUGCUUUGCUUAUGGGAUGGACGCGUUCAUUGCGAAACCGGUGAUGUUUCCUGUAUUGAAGGAUGUCCUGAGCAGGUACCUGCCUGUGAAAAGCGACUUGGUUCAUUCCACGUCUUCAGCUUCGGUAUCCGCAACGGCGGCAACGCCGCAGACACUCGUAGACUCGCGGGCCUUGUCAACGACCGCGUCUCCUUCAUCGGGGGCAUCCUCAACUGCGCAGACAGCGCUGGGCUGUAGGACCGCAAUCUCGCCGCAAACUCCUUCCGGUAAUGUGGCAGCCGAGGCCACUGCUCCACUGUCUUCGGCCCCACACUCACUGCUUCCGACGCCUUCCGAUUGUCGAAAUCCCACUGUAUAGCAAGACCCUUGUCAGGCUCGCCGACAGCCCUGUCACAGCAACUCCCUCCGGAUCGGCGGCAUCCUCCUGGAACGGCAAUGCCGAGCACCUCGUCAACGAUGCCAAGCACCCUGCGAUGGACCACGGAUAUGCCGCCCGUGAAUGAAGGUUUAGGGCGAUA